AUGGCACUUAAGUUCCGCCUUUCGUGGCUUAUUCUUCUGCAGGUUUUCAGCAGAUUAACUCACGAGUGCAGUGGCCUAAAACUGUCAAAGAGUACAGCCCUUUUGGUUUUUGGUAAUUCAGCUGUUGAUAUAGGCAGCAACAACUAUAUACCUACUAUACCCAGAAGCAACUAUGAUCCUUAUGGCAUUAAUUUCACACGUCACAUUCCUACCGGAAGGUAUUCAGACGAAAAACUCCUUCCUGACAUUUCUUGCCCACACAAGGCCUCAAAGAUGUUAUUCCUCCUUCUCUGCGGAGAAACUUAUCCGAUGAUGAACUGCUUUCGGGUGUCAUCGGCUGCAGCAGGAUUUGAUGAUCAAACUAAGAGUGUUACCAAUGCAAUUCCAACGUCGAAGCAACCCCGAUUUUUAAGGGAUUACUUACCUAAGCUCGAGAGGAUUGUAGGCAAAAAAGUGCUCAAAGAAUUGUUCGGGAAGCUGUAG